CGCGCGCUGCGCUCCGGUGGCCGCACCGCGACUCCCCACGCGCCGGUAACAUGCAUGUGUCACUAGCAGAGGCUCUGGAGGUUCGGGGUGGACCACUGCAAGAGGAAGAGAUAUGGGCUGUAUUAAAUCAAAGUGCUGAAAGUCUCCAAGAACUAUUCAGAAGAGUGAGCAUUGCUGACCCUGCCGCCCUUGGCUUCAUCAUCUCUCCGUGGUCGCUGCUGCUGCUGCCGUCUGGCAGUGUGUCCUUUACAGAUGAAAACAUCUCCAACCAGGACCUUCGAGCAUUCACUGCACCAGAAAUGCUUCAGAACCAUUCGCUAACUUCCCUCUCUGAUGUCGAAAAGAUCCAUAUUUAUUCUCUUGGAAUGACAUUGUAUUGGGGGGCUGAUCAUGAAGUACCUCAAAGCCAACCCAUCAGGCUGGGAGACCAUCUCAACAGCAUCCUGCUAGGCAUGUGUGAGGACGUCACCUAUGCCCGAGUGUCCGUGCGGACUGUCCUGGAUGCCUGCAGUGCCCACAUUAGGAACAGCAACUGUGCACCUUCGUUUUCCUACGUGAAACAGUUGGUAAAGCUGGUUCUGGGAAAUAUUUCUGGGACGGAUCAGCUUUCCCGUAGCAGUGAACAAAAGCCUGAUCGAAGCCAGGCUAUUCGAGACCGACUGAGAGGAAAAGGAUUACCCACAGGAAGAAGCUCCACUUCUGAUGUACUAGACAUACACAAGGCUCCAUUCUCUCAUCAGACUUUUCUUAACAAAGGGCUUAGUAAAUCUAUGGGAUUUCUGUCCAUCAGAGACACACAAGAUGAGGAAGAUUAUUUCAAGGAUAUCCCAUCUGAUAAUAAUUCCAGGCAUGAAGAUUCUGAGACUGUCUGUUCCCCUUACCAGUUCAAAACUAGCAGUCCACAAAAACGGGCUUUCCCUGCAGUGGACACGUUCUCUAAGAGAAAGGUCUGGGCUUCGUCCAUGGACUUGCUUUGUACGGCUGACAGGGACUUUUCUGGAGAGACUGGCAGGUCCCAGCACUGUGACCCUGAGGCGGUAACAGGACGGACUUCAGCCACUCCUAGAAAGAAGGAGGCCAGGUACUCUGAUGGAAGCAUUGCCUUGGAUAUCUUUGGGCCUCAGAGAGCGGAGCCAGCAUAUCACACUCGAGACACGCCAACAUCUUCUGCAGUAUCAAGCGCCUUGGACCGAAUUCGAGAGAGACAAAAGAAGCUUCAGGUUCUGAGAGAAGCCAUGAAUGUGGAAGAACCAGUUCGAAGAUACAAACCUUACCACAGUGAUCUCUUUAGUACCUCCAGUGAAAGCCCGUCCAUUAUCUCCUCGGAGUCAGAUUUCAGACAAGUGAGAAGAAGUGAAGCUUCAAAGAGGUUUGAGUCCAGCGGCGGUCUUCCUGGAGCAGAAGAAGCUGGUCAGGGCCCAUCUCAGAGACCACGACAGUACGACACAUCCCUUGAAGGCAGCUUAAUCAAUCAAGAGAUGAUGCUGAAGCGGCAAGAAGAAGAAAUGAUGCAGCUGCAAGCCAGGAUGGCUCUCCGGCAGUCUCGGCUGAGCCUGUAUCCAGGGGAUACAAUCAAAGCUUCCAUGCUUGACAUCUCCAGAGAUCCACUAAGAGAAAUUGCCCUGGAAACAGCCAUGACCCAGAGAAAACUGAGGAAUUUCUUUGGCCCUGAGUUUGUGAAGAUGACAAUUGAGCCGUUUAUUUCUUUGGAUUUGCCACGGUCUAUCCUUAACAAGAAGGGGAAGAAUGAAGACCACCGGAGGAAAGUGAACAUAAUGCUCCUGAGUGGGCAGAGACUUGAGCUCACCUGUGACACCAAGACCGUAUGCAAAGAUGUCUUUGACAUGGUGGUGGCUCACAUUGGCUUAGUAGAGCAUCAUUUGUUUGCUCUGGCUACCCUCAAAGAGAAUGAAUAUUUCUUUGUUGAUCCUGACUUAAAAUUAACCAAAGUGGCCCCGGAGGGAUGGAAAGAAGAACCAAAGAAAAAGGGCAAAGCCGCUGUUGAUUUUACUUUGUUUUUCCGAAUUAAAUUUUUCAUGGAUGAUGUUAGUUUGAUACAACACAGCCUCACCUGCCAUCAGUACUACCUGCAGCUGCGAAGAGACCUCCUGGAGGAGAGGCUGCACUGUGACGACGAGGCGGCCCUGCUGCUGGCCUCCCUGGCGCUGCAGGCGGAGUACGGAGAUUACCAGCCAGAGAUCCAUGGCGUGUCCUACUUUCGGCUGGAGCACUAUUUGCCUGCCCGAGUGAUGGAGAAGCUUGAUGUGUCCUACAUCAAAGAGGAGUUGCCCAAACUGCACAACACCUAUGCAGGAGCCUCCGAGAAGGAGACAGAGCUAGAGUUCUUAAAGGUCUGCCAAAGGCUGACAGAGUAUGGAGUUCAUCUCCACCGAGUGCACCCUGAGAAGAAGUCACAGACAGGAAUCCUGCUUGGAGUCUGUUCCAAAGGAGUGCUUGUGUUUGAAGUUCACAAUGGAGUGCGUACGUUGGUCCUUCGCUUCCCAUGGAGAGAAACAAAGAAGAUUUCCUUUUCAAAAAAGAAAAUCACCCUCCAGAACACAUCAGACGGAAUCAAGCACGCGUUCCAGACGGACAGCGGUAAGGCUUGCCAGUACCUGCUGCACCUCUGCUCUUCCCAGCACAAGUUCCAGCUGCAGAUGCGGGCGCGGCAGAGCAACCAGGAUGCCCAAGACAUUGAGAGAGCUUCGUUUAGGAGCCUGAGCCUGCAAGCAGAAUCUGUUAGAGGAUUUAAUAUGUGCCGCGCAAUCAGCACUGGCAGUCUGGCCAGCAGCACCCUCAACAAGCUUGCCGUCCGACCCCUGUCAGUUCAAGCUGAGAUUCUGAAGAGGCUCUCCUGCUCAGAGCUGUCACUCUACCAACCACUGCAGAACAGUUCCAAAGAGAAGAACGGCAGAGCUUCAUGGGAGGAAAAGCCUAGAGGGAUGAGUAAAUCCUACCAUGACCUCAGUCAGGCCUCUCUCUAUCCUCAUUGGAAACAGGCCGUUAACGUGGAGUCCCUACCGCCAGCCUUUGCGGAGCUGGUGGGAAAACCACUGUACCCGAUGGCGAGACCUGACACAGAAUCCCUGGCAGGAGUCACAAAGCUUAAUAAUUCAAAGUCUGUUGCCAGUUUAAAUAGAAGCCCCGAGAGGAGGAAACAGGAAUCAGAAUCAUCCAGUGAAGACCCUGGCCAAGCGUAUGUCAUAGGAAUGACUUUGCCUAGUUCUGGAAACUCUUCAUCCCAAGUACUCUUUAAAGACAAUGAUAUACUGCACAAAAGAUGGAGUGUCGUGUCUUCACCAGAGCGGGAGAUCACACUGGUGAACCUGAAGAAAGAUUCAAAGCAUGGCUUAGGAUUUCAAAUUAUUGGAGGGGAAAAGAUAGGAAGGCUGGACCUAGGUGUGUUCAUCAGUUCAGUUACCCCCGGAGGACCAGCUGACUUGGAUGGAUGCUUAAAGCCUGGGGACCGCUUGAUAUCUGUGAACAGUGUGAGCCUGGAAGGCGCCAGUCACCACGCUGCAGUUGACAUUCUGCAGAAUGCACCUGAAGAUGUGACCCUCGUCAUCUCCCAGCCGAAAGAAAAGCCAACCAAAGUGCCUUCUACUCCUGUGCAUUUUGCCAAUGGGAUGAAAAACUACAUGAAGAAACCUUCCUACGUUCUGGACAGUGCUGUGGAGCCUGCAGAGGACCAGCCCUGGCCACGUGGCACCCUCAGGCACAUCACAGAGAGUCCUUUCGGGCUCUCCGGGGGCCUGCGGGAAGGAAGCCUCAGCUCCCAGGACUCCAGGACCGAAAGUGCCAGCUUGUCCCAGAGCCACGUCAACGGCUUCUUUGCGAGCCACUUAGGUGACCGAGGCUGGCAGGAGCCACAGCACAGCAGCCCAUCCCUAUCCGUGAUGUCCAAGGUCGCAGAGAAGGUUUUCUCCGACAGUAACCGGAGCAAAGCUAAAAGGCCAGGCCUUUCUGACACAACUGAGCUCUCUGACCAUGGUGAUUCUGACAUAGAUGAUGCCACUUACUCCAGCAACCAGGAUCAUCAAACUCCGAAAAAGGAACCUACCUCCUCCAUGAAUACAUCCAACAAAAUGAGCUUUAAACCUUGCUCUGCGUCACCUCCUAAGCCUGGAGAAAUCUUUGAGGUUGAACUGGCUAAAAAUGAUAACAGCUUGGGAAUAAGUGUCACGGUACUGUUUGCCAAGGGAGGUGUGAAUACCAGUGUCCGCCAUGGUGGUAUUUACGUGAAAGCCGUUAUUCCCAAAGGAGCAGCAGAGUCAGAUGGCAGAAUUCACAAAGGUGAUCGUGUGCUCGCCGUUAAUGGAGUCAGUCUAGAAGGAGCUACCCACAAGCAGGCUGUGGAAACACUACGAAACACAGGGCAGGUGGUCCAUCUAUUGCUACAAAAGGGGCAGACGUCGACAUCCAAAGAACAUGAUCCUACAGACCCACAGUGCGUCUCUCCAGACCAGGAUGCCCCAGGCCAACGCCCAGAAAAGACAGUGCAGAAAACAGCUCAUGACUCAGGCAAAGACUACAGCUUCAUGACUGAAGAUAAUACAUUUGAGGUCAAACUAUUUAAAAACAGCUCAGGCCUAGGAUUCAGUUUUUCUCGAGAAGAUAAUCUUAUACCAGAACAAAUCAACGCCAGCAUAGUGAGAGUCAAAAAGCUCUUCCCUGGACAGCCAGCUGCAGAAAGCGGAAAGAUUGAUGUUGGAGACGUUAUAUUGAAAGUGAACGGAGCCCCGUUGAAGGGACUGUCUCAGCAGGAAGUCAUAUCUGCUCUCAGGGGAACGGCUCCUGAAGUGUCCUUGCUCCUCUGCAGACCCCCGCCCGGUGUGCUACCAGAAAUUGAUACUGCGUUUUCGACUCCGCUCCACUCUCCAGCACAAGUGUUUCUGAACAACAGUAAAGAGGCUUCUCAGCCGUCGCCCUUCUCAGAGGAACCAGGUACCAGCUCGGACGAGAACGAGCUGUCUGGCAGAAACCAGGAGCAGCGCCAGUGUCUCUCCAGGAGAGCGAGCUCUAGUGCCAGCAGCGUGAGUGGGGAGGAUGACCCCGUGAGCGCUCCAGCCGAGAAACCACGUGGCACCUUGCCUUCAGCUUUGACUCAGACUCUGAAUAACAUGGUGUCCCAGGCGCACAGUCAGCAGGAAGAACCCACAUGUGCCAUGUUUUACCUCCCUCGAAAAACAACCAGCAAACCGGAAUUUGAGAACAGCCAUCCUCCUCUUCCUCCUCCACCGCUGGAUGUCAGCCCUGGACAGACCUGUCAGCCCCAGUCAGAAUCUGCUGCUUCUGACUCGGUUGGGAAAUACUAUACACAUCUUGCUUCUGAGCUGAACAAACCAGAAAACUUGACAACUUGGAAAAAUGACUUGGGAAACCACCUUGACGACUCUGAGCUGGAAGUCGAGCUUCCCAUCACCCUGAUUAAAUCAGAAAAAGGAAGUCUGGGUUUUACAGUAACCAAAGGCAGCCAGAGUAUAGGUUGUUAUGUCCAUGAUGUCAUACAGGAUCCAGCCAAGGGUGAUGGCAGGCUGAAGCCUGGAGACCGUCUUAUAAAGGUUAAUGAUACAGACGUCACAAACAUGACCCACACCGAUGCCGUGAAUCUGCUACGAGCUGCACCCAAGACAGUCAGAUUAGUCCUUGGGCGGAUUCUAGAGUUACCCAGGAUGCCAGUGUUUCCCCAUCUGCUGCCUGACAUUACAAUAACGUGCCAGGGAGAGGAGUUAGGAUUUUCCCUGUCUGGAGGUCACGGCAGUGCGCAUGAAGUGGUGUACAUCAGCGACAUCAACCCGCGGUCGGCUGCAGCUGCCGAGGGAGGUCUGCAGCUGUUGGAUGUCAUCCACUAUGUGAACGGAGUCAGCACACAAGGGAUGACCUUGGAAGACGCAAACAGAGCCCUGGACCUGUCCCUUCCUUCUGUGGUGCUAAAAGCAACAAGAGAUGGUUGUCCGGUAGUGCCUAAUUCAACAAGAUCUGCCAUCUCAGCCUCCAGAGUCACCACAACCAACGGGCACACCAGCACGGAGCCUUGUGGUCAGCCUUCCCUUGCACCUAAGAGCUCGUUCUCCAAGGUUAAUGGGGAAGAAGUAGUUGAAGCUGUGUACCCUGGAGGGAAAUGCUCGUCUUCUCAGAUGAUGGAGUCAGCAGACCGGACUGAAACCAAAGACUCUGACUCCCCGGAUGGUGACAUCUAUGAUGAUCCACAAGAAGCUGAGGUUAUCCAGUCCUUGCUGGAUGUUGUGGAUGAAGAAGCCCAGAACCUCUUAAGCCAAACUAAAGCCACUAGAAGGGCCUAUUCUCCAGAUCCAUUGAGGAUGAAUGGGGAGGCACCAGAAGGAGGCGCAGAUACAGACUGUGAUGAUGCUCGGUUACCUGCGGACGGCCCCGAGUUGCUGAAUGGCUGUGAAGAGCACAAAGGAAACCCAAGCAGCAAAAGCAUACCUGAGGCAUCAGAAGAAAGGACGUCUGCAGAAGACGGAGUAACACGAGGAAGCAGGGCAUUCCCAACAGAGACAGCAGACCAUGGAGACUCCAGCAAAGAUUGCCCCUUUCUGACAAAUGAGGAGCUGGCUGCCCUGCCAGUGGUCAGAGUCCCUCCGUCUGGCAAGUACACCGGCACUCAGUUGCAGGCCACCAUCCGCACGCUUCAAGGUUUGCUUGAUCAAGGGAUCCCUGCUCAGGAGCUACAGAAUCUUCAAGAAUUAAAACCACUGGAUCAGUGCCUGAUUGGUCAGACCAAGGAAAACCGAAGGAAGAACAGAUACAAAAAUAUCCUUCCCUAUGACACCACGAGAGUGCCUCUUGGAGAUGAAGGUGGCUACAUCAACGCCAGUUUCAUCAGGAUCCCAGUGGGGACACAGGAAUUUGUCUACAUCGCCUGCCAGGGGCCUUUGCCCACUACCGUGGGGGAUUUCUGGCAGAUGGUUUGGGAGCAGAACUCCACAGUGAUAGCAAUGAUGACCCAGGAGGUGGAAGGAGAAAAGGUCAAAUGCCAGCGCUACUGGCCGAGCAUUCUCGGCACGACCACCAUGGCCAAUGAGAGGCUGCGCCUGGCCCUCCUGAGGAUGCAGCAGCUGAAGGGGUUCGUUGUCAGGGUGAUAACCCUGGAGGAUAUUCAGACAGGAGAGGUGCGCCAUAUUUCUCAUCUGAAUUUCACUGCCUGGCCCGACCACGACACACCGUCCCAGCCAGACGACCUGCUCACUUUCAUCUCCUACAUGAGACACGUCCACAGGUCAGGCCCAGUCAUCACACACUGCAGCGCUGGCAUUGGACGCUCAGGGACCCUCAUAUGCAUAGACGUGGUCCUCGGACUAAUCAGCCAAGAUCUUGAAUUCGACAUCUCUGACUUAGUGCGCUGCAUGAGACUACAAAGACAUGGCAUGGUGCAGACAGAGGGUCAGUACGUUUUCUGCUAUCAAGUCAUCCUCCAUGUCCUGACUCACCUUCAGGCUGAAGAGCAGAAGGCACAGCCAUGGCUCCCACAGUGACCGAGCAGCCUCCCUCCCUCCUUGCCUCCAACUGACUCCUGCUCCACUCAGACAAGAGCAGCCAGGCCACGCAAUCAGUCCUCACCCUUAGAGGAGCGUGCUCCUGCAGUCCUCACCCCUAGAGGAGGGUGCUCCUGCCAGAAACCCGCCGGGGUGUGGUGUUUUACAGCCGCUUUCACCUCUGAUGGUUAUCAUGACCUGAGCAAGGCAGGUCUUCCGACUGGAAGCAGCAUUUGAUCAUAGUGGACUUUGUUACAAAGACAAUGAGUUUAUUUUUAAUGUAUCAAAUCUUGUUUAUAGCAAAUUUUUCCAGUAUUUUAAUAAAGUAGAUUUAUUUUAUAGAGGAUACUUGAAGCCAGUAUUUAAGCUUUUAAUGACAGUAAUAUUGGCAUAGAGAAGAAACUAGCAAUGUUUACUGUAUCGGUUUCUAAUGUUUACUAUAUACAGUGUCCUGUAAUAUAUUUAUAUACUUUUCACGAAGAUGAGGUUCCCGGAAACCCAUUUGUCCCUGUAUCAUCUGUUCCUAAUGCGUCCUCUCACUUUGUAAAUAAAACUACACCUUAAACUUGGACAACCAA